UCGCGGAUUUGGGGACGGGCGGCGCGGCGUGGACGGGGCCCGGGGGUAGGACGAGGAGCGGUGAGAGGAGCAGCAGCGAUGCGGCCAGCCGGGGCACGGCACGUCGGCGUCCGCAUCGCGCCGGGCGCGACGACGCCAGCAGUGACCGAAGCACCCCGUGCGCUCAAGAACCGGCCCGGUCCCCUCCUUCCGCCUCCACUUCCCGCUGGAGUAUAAAGCAGCCCGGCGCCUCUGACAACUCUUUUCAUCUCUUCAGUGCAGUAGUGCACGAGAAUUGUGCAGACCUGACCCACGCCACGGUGCCAUAAAGAUUGGAUGGGACUCAUGGGUUCCCUCACAAGUUCUUGGAUGAUGAACUUGUGCGGGUGCCCAAUUUGCUCCAGGCAAGCUGCAGUCUCGUGCGCAUGGAAGGAAGUUUUCGACUCCUCCACUUGCUUGAACCAUCUGCUGGUGUCUGGUAUCGCCACGCUGAUCGUCAUCAUCCUUGCACUCCAGCUGCUCGUCAGAAUUCCUAAGAGCAGAGCAUCCACGGUGCAGCUCAUCGUGCGCGGUUCACCGCUGCAUUUGGCAGCUGUGGUGUUCGAUGGAUGCCUGGGGCUGGUUUAUCUUUGCCUAGGACUGUGGAUGCUGUGGAGUAGUAGCUUCAAUCAAGGUGCUUCUGUUUACCUGCCGCACUGGUGGCUGGUAAACUUGGCUCAAGGAUUCAGUUUGAUCCUUGUCAGUUUUGCUUUCAGCAUCAGAGGACGGAUUCUCGGAGCGGCAUUUGUCCGGUUUUGGUCGGUUUUUCUCACCAUUUAUGCUGCAUACAUUUGUUGCUCCUCAGUUGUUUACAUGCUCGUGGAUAAGGCGGUCACCAUGAAGGCUUGUUUGGAUGUUCUGUUCCUACCAGCCGCACUACUACUUGUCUAUGGAAUUUGGCACGUUAAGGAUGAUGGUUAUGAAGGAAUUGAAAAUGCUUUAUGCAAGGCCCUGAACACCGAGACUGUUGCGGAGGCAACUGAUUUUGAGGGUCAUGUGACCCCUUUUGCUAAUGCUGGGUUUUUCAGUACGAUUUCAUUUUGGUGGUUGAAUCCACUGAUGAAGAUGGGUUAUGAGAAGCCCCUUGAGGAGAAAGACCUACCACUUUUAGGCACCACAGAUCAAGCAUAUAACCAGUACUUGAUAUUCUUGGAGAAGCUGAAUAGCAAGAAACGGUUGCAUCCACAUGGGACUCCUUCAGUCUUUUGGACUAUCAUUUCUUGUCACAAAAGCGGGAUAAUCGUCUCAGGUUUCUUCGCAUUGCUCAAGGUGCUCACGCUGUCUUCAGGUCCGGUGCUUUUGAAAGCGUUCAUUAACGUUUUGCUUGGGAAAGGGACCUUUAAAUAUGAAGGCUAUGUGCUGGCUGCAGCAUUGUUUUUUUGCAAAUGUUGUGAAUCUUUGUCAGAGAGGCAGUGGUUUUUCCGCGCUCGGAGGUUAGGACUUCAAGUGAGGACAUUCCUAUCAGCUGCUAUCUAUAAGAAACAACAGAGGCUAUCAAACUCAGCAAAAAUGAAGCAUUCUUCUGGAGAGAUCAUGAACUAUGUCACUGUUGAUGCCUAUCGGAUUGGGGAAUUUCCAUACUGGUUCCAUCAAUCAUGGACAACAAGUGUCCAACUUUGCAUUGCUUUGGCAAUUCUAUUUAAUGCAGUUGGUCUUGCUAUGAUUGCAUCACUGCUUGUCAUCAUUAUCACUGUACUUUGCAAUGCUCCACUAGCCAAACUGCAACACAAAUUUCAGAGUAAACUUAUGGAAGCGCAAGAUGUGAGACUGAAGGCCAUGUCAGAGUCCUUAAUUCAUAUGAAGAUCUUAAAACUAUAUGCAUGGGAAACUCAUUUCAAGAAAGUCAUUGAGGGGUUAAGGGAGGUUGAAUACAAGUGGUUAUCAGCAUUCCAGCUUAGGAGAGGAUACAACAGUCUCCUCUUCUGGUCAUCACCUGUUUUGGUUUCAGCCGCGACCUUCCUUGCAUGCUAUCUUUUAAAAAUUCCUCUUGAUGCUAGCAACGUCUUCACCUUUGUUGCAACUCUGCGCCUUGUUCAAAACCCGAUUCGGCAGAUACCAGAGGUAAUUGGAAUUGUGAUACAAGCUAAAGUUGCUUUCACUAGGAUAGCAAAGUUUCUUGAUGCACCUGAGCUGGAUGAACAAGUGAGGAACAAAUACCAUGUUGGGUCUGAGCAUCCAAUAGAGAUAAACUCCUGCAGUUUCUCAUGGAAUGAGAGCCCAUCAAAACCAACUCUAAAGAAUAUAAAUUUCGUUGUCAGAACUGGAAAGAAGGUUGCAAUAUGUGGCGAGGUAGGGUCAGGAAAGUCAACACUUUUGGCUGCAGUACUUGGAGAGGUUCCAAAAACUGAAGGCAAGAUCCAAGUUUGUGGCAAAAUUGCAUAUGUUUCUCAGAAUGCAUGGAUCCAAACAGGAACUGUCCAAGAUAAUAUUCUCUUUGGAUCUUCAAUGGACAAGCAAAGAUACCAAGAAACACUGCUGAAGUGCUCUUUGGUUAAGGACCUUGAACUGUUGCCAUAUGGAGACCAUACUCAAAUUGGGGAGAGAGGAGUAAAUCUUAGUGGUGGUCAGAAGCAGCGUGUUCAGCUUGCUCGUGCACUAUACCAAAAUGCUGACAUCUAUCUCCUUGAUGAUCCUUUCAGUGCUGUCGAUGCCCACACAGCAACAAGUCUCUUUAAUGAAUAUGUUAUGGGAGCUCUAUCAGACAAGACUGUUCUUCUGGUGACCCACCAAGUGGAUUUCCUUCCUGUAUUUGAUUGCAUCCUGUUAAUGUCAGAUGGGGAGAUUAUUCGAUCUGCACCUUAUCAAGAGCUAUUGGCACAUUGCCAAGAAUUUCAGGGCCUUGUAAAUGCCCAUAAAGAUACUAUUGGUAUUUCUGAUCACAAGAAUGUGCUGCCCCAAAGAGCAAAGGAAAUAUCAACCAAGGAGAUAAAUGACAUUCAUGGAAGCAGAUAUAGAAAACCUGUGAAGUCAUCACCAGCAGAUCAAUUGAUCAAACGAGAGGAAAGAGAAAUGGGGGAUACAGGUCUGAAACCUUAUAUGAUCUACCUGUCCCAGAAAAAAGGCUUCUUAUAUGCCUUUCUUUGUGUUACUUCCCAUAUGAUUUUCUUAGCUGCACAAAUAUCGCAGAAUUCAUGGAUGGCCGCUAAUGUCCAAAAUCCUAGUGUUAGCACAUUGAAGUUGAUUUCUGUGUACAUAUUUAUCGGAGUUUGCUCAGUGUUAUUCAUACUUUCUAGAACUUUAUCAGCCAUUGUUCUUGGGCUCCAGACAUCAAGAUCCCUAUUUUCCCAGUUACUAAACUCAUUAUUCCGUGCACCAAUGUCAUUUUUUGAUUCUACUCCUCUUGGAAGGGUGCUUAGCCGGGUUUCUUUAGAUCUGAGUAUUAUUGACCUUGAUGUUCCAAUGGUCUUCAUGUUUACCAGUAGUGCCAGCUUAAAUGCAUAUAGUAAUCUAGGGGUAUUAGCUGUUGUUACAUGGCAAGUUCUGUUUGUUUCAGUACCAAUGAUAGUUUUAGCAAUCACAUUGCAGAGGUACUAUUUAGCCUCAGCUAAGGAAUUGAUGCGGAUAAAUGGCACUUCAAAAUCUGCUCUGGCUAAUCACAUAGGUGAAUCAAUUUUGGGGGCAGUGACUAUAAGGGCCUUUGAAGAAGAAGAUCGUUUCUUUGCUAAAAAUUUGGAGCUUGUUGACAAGAAUGCCUGUCCCUUCUUUUAUAAUUUUGCAGCAACUGAAUGGCUGAUUCAACGCUUGGAGACAAUGAGUGCUGUGGUCCUUUCAUUUUCUGCCUUUGUCAUGGCUCUUCUUCCUACAGGAACUUUCAGCCCUGGUUUUGCAGGAAUGGCAUUGUCCUAUGGUCUAUCCCUAAAUGUGUCAUUUGUUAACUCCAUUCAAAGACAAUGCAGCCUGGCAAAUCAAAUUAUCUCUGUGGAAAGGGUGAAUCAGUACAUGGACAUACAAAGUGAAGCAGCAGAAGUUAUUGAAGAAAACCGGCCAGCUCCAUACUGGCCCCAAAUUGGCAGGGUGGAGCUUAAAGAUUUAAAAAUUAGGUAUAGGCAAGAUUCUCCCCUUGUACUACAUGGAAUCUCUUGUACCUUUGAAGGUGGUCAUAAGAUUGGUAUAGUUGGCCGGACAGGAAGUGGAAAGACGACUUUAAUUGGUGCAUUGUUUCGUCUUGUGGAGCCAGCUGGAGGGACAAUUAUUAUAGACUCUAUAGAUGUCACCACAAUAGGCUUACAUGACCUGCGUUCAUGUUUGGGUAUCAUUCCACAAGAUCCGACACUCUUUCAGGGUACUGUAAGAUAUAAUUUAGACCCUCUUGGGCAAUUCUCAGAUCAACAAAUAUGGGAGGUUCUUGACAAAUGUCAGCUGCUUGAAGCCAUGCAGGAGAAGGAACAUGGAUUGGAUUCACUGGUUGUGGAAGACGGUUCCAACUGGAGCAUGGGCCAACGGCAGCUCUUCUGUUUGGGACGUGCACUUUUGAGAAGAUGUCGUAUCUUAGUUCUCGAUGAGGCCACGGCAUCUAUAGACAACACAACUGAUGCUAUCCUUCAAAAAACGAUCAGAACAGAAUUCAAAGAUUCCACUGUUAUUACUGUCGCACACCGUAUACCAACAGUUAUGGACUGCACUAUGGUACUCGCAAUGAGUGAUGGGAAAGUGGUGGAGUAUGACAAACCUAUGAAGCUCAUGGAAACUGAAGGAUCCCUCUUCCACGAGCUCGUCAAAGAGUACUGGUCAUAUGCAUCAAGUGGAAAUAUCUAGGAUAAAGGGAAAUUAUCGAUUAUGUGUGCUUGCUCUUUGCAGUCUGCCUUGGUGUGUGUGCCCGGGGGGGGGGGGGGGGUGGUGUUGGCAGCCGUCGUUCAAGAAAUGCUUUUGUCAUCUGGGCAGCUUCUGUUUACGCACCCGUGCUGCCUUCAAGUGCUAAACAGAAAACGGGGUGUGUAACAUGAAAAAUUGAGCACCUAAAGCAUGCAGAUGUGGGUGCUUGGUUAGGCAUUGAGUUAUUAUUCCAACUCCUUAGAAGGAAAUUUAACACGCUUUGCUGUCUGGUGCUUGUAUGAGAGGAGCUGUCAAAGAGUAGGCCCAGUGACUCUACUGACAUGGGACCUGCUAUGAGUACAAAUUUUAUAUGUUCUAUGGAUUUCUGUUAACGUACUCUUGUAUUCAACUUUUGGAUUCUUUUAACUUGAA